CAGCAGUCCGCGAGCUGCCGUCGGCUCGGCGCGGGGGGCGGGCCGGGCACCCCGGGCGCCGAGGUGCGCGCUCUGCUUUCCUCUCCUUCCCCCCCCACCCCGCUCCGCACUCCGGGGCGCCUCUGCCCGUCCACGCCGCCCUCCCCCCAGCACAACUUUCGGUCCCUCCUCGCCCGUUAUUCGUCGUGGCCGCCCCGAGGGCUCCUCCCAGCCUUCCAGCCUGCAGCCGCGACCGGCACAAGACCCAGAAACAUGUCGACCACACUUCUGUCGGCCUUUUACGAUAUCGACUUCUUGUGCAAGACGGAGAAGUCGCUGGCCAACCUCAAUCUGAACAACAUGCUGGACAAGAAGGCGGUGGGGACGCCCGUGGCCGCUGCCCCCAGCUCGAGCUUCACGCCGGGCUUCCUCCGACGGCACUCGGCCAGCAACUUGCAUGCGCUCGCUCACCCCGCUCCCAGCCCCGGCAGCUGCUCGCCCAAGUUCCCGGGCGCCGCUAACGGCAGCAGCUGCGGCAACUCGGCGGCCAGCGGCCCGGCCUCCUACGGCCCCCUGAAGGAGCCGUCGGGGGGCGGCGGCACCGCGCUGCUCAACAAGGAAAACAAAUUCCGCGACCGCUCGUUCAGCGAGAAUGGCGAGCGCAGCCAGCACCUCCUGCACCUGCAGCAGCAGCAGCAACAGCAGAAGGGGGGCGGCGGCUCCCAGAUCAACUCCACGCGCUACAAGACCGAGCUGUGCCGCCCCUUCGAGGAGAGCGGCACGUGCAAGUACGGCGAGAAGUGCCAGUUCGCGCACGGCUUCCACGAGCUGCGCAGCCUGACCCGGCACCCCAAGUACAAGACGGAGCUGUGCCGCACCUUCCACACCAUCGGCUUCUGCCCCUACGGGCCCCGCUGCCACUUCGCGCCGCCCUCGCCGCCCUUCAGCUUCCAGCUGCCGCGCCGCCUGUCCGAGUCGCCCGUGUUCGACGCCCCGCCCAGCCCCCCGGACUCGCUGUCGGACCGCGACAGCUACCUGAGCGGCUCCCUGAGCUCGGGCAGCCUCAGCGGCUCCGAGUCCCCCAGCCUCGAUCCCGGCCGCCGCCUGCCCAUCUUCAGCCGCCUGUCCAUCUCCGACGACUGAGGCAAGGAGGCGCCAGAAAGGAGGAGGAGGAGGAAGGGAGAGGCCGCGGGGGGGGGGCGGUGGUUGGAGGGAGCCCUUCGCAUCCCACCCCUGCGGGGGGGGGCACAGAGGUCGGGAUGGCCAGCACAUGGCAGACUUGCAGAGCCCUCCCCCCCCCCCCGCCGAGCGUGUGGACUCGAACUUUGCUCUGGGAGGGGGAUGUUUUCCCUCCCCCUUCGGUUUUCUCAUUUUGUCUAUUAUUAUUUUUAUUAUUAUUAUAUUAUUAUUACGAAGUUUCUUGUUGAGCAAAAAAAAAAAAGCCAACGAACUUUUUGUAUUCAUGAACAAAAUACUCACAACAGAGCAGUUGUGUUGCGAAUAGAACAAAAACAACCAAACACUUAAAACUUUUUUUUAGGUCUCUGAGUUUGAGACUCUAGGAAAAGUCAGCCCAGCACCAGCAGCUACCAACCACCAUUCCAUCUCUUCACUUGAAAAGCGUUUAGUGACAGUCCAGAUGUGGGAACUUGUGAAAGAAGUUCCUAAUUGUUUGUCUCAGACCAGUGUAAACAAACCAGCCGGCCACCACCUUGCUAAACUGUAAGCUUUUAGAAUCCAAUACUCUGCCAAGAAUAUGCCUUGAUAGUAGUAGUUCUCAAACCCUUUGUUGUGUGUGGGGUUUUUUUUUCUUUUUUUAACUUUAACAAAGUUAUAUAUGUAUUGGGGGGGAUCCUUGCAUUCCAAAGUUUGAUACUGGUUACUGGUUUUAUUGUCACCACUUGGGGUGUUUAGUUUAGAACCAUUUGUCUGCUCUCUCUGGAAGCCUUGGGCAGAGCUUAGUUUGUAAUUGUUGGGGAAUAACUGCUGAAUUUUUAGCUGUUUUGAGUUGAUUCGCACCACUGCACCACAACUCAAUAUGAAAAAAAAAACCUAUUUAACUUAUUUAUUAUCUUGUGAAAAGUAUACAUUGAAAAUUUUGUUCAUACUGUAUUUAUCAAGUAUGAUGGAAAGCAAUAGAUAUAUAUUCUUUUAUUAUGUUAAAUUAUGAUUGCCAUUAUUAAUCGGCAAAAUGUGGAGUGUAUGUUCUUUUCACAGUAAUAUAUGCCUUUUGUAACUUCACUUGGUUAUUUUAUUGUAAAUGAGUAAAAAAAUCUUAAUUUAAGAGAUUGUAUGUAAUAUUUAUUUCAUUAAUUUCUUUCCUUGUUUACGUAAAUUUCGAAAGAUUGCGUGAUUUCUUAACAGAAAUCUACCUUGAUGCUGUGGAAGUAGUUCGAGGAAUAUUUUUUAUGAGUUUUCUUAGAAUGUAUAAUGGUUGUAGCCCAUCCAGCUUAGAAAAAAAAAAUGACCACAUACUUUGCAAUCAGGCUCACAUGUGGCAUGCUUUUCUAACUGCAAACUAGCAAAAAAAAAAAGUGUUUCCUGAGACCACCAGUUUGAACUGUGACAUACUCUUGAGUAUAAAGACAUGUAGCAAUAAUGAGGAGGGGAAUAUCCCAGUGCCUUCAGACGGCCCAAACUUGCCUUAAAUCCUCCUCAACCAAAUAAGUAUUGUGUGUAUUAGUGCUUGAGAGAAUCUGAAUGUAGGAUGGGUUCAACUGCACAAAAGGAAAAGAUUUUUUUACCACUUUUUUAUAUAGCUAUAGAGAGGGCACCUCAUAGUGCUGAGAUGAUGUAUGCAGAACAUGAAGAUGCCUUGUUUCAUGACAGAAGAUUCCAAAACUUGGACAAUUUCUUUUUUUUUUCAGUUGUAGAAAGGCAAGAAUGUCUGAAGCUUUCCUGGACAGCAGAUGAAUGAGCAGUAGCUUAGAUUUGUAGGUACAGUUGGAGCACUAUUGUGUAUGUAUUCUCUGGACUACUUUGACAGAAGUAGGUUUUUGAAUGUAACAAGAUAAGUCAACUUGAGUUGUAAUAUAUUUUGGGGAAUCAGUUCACUACAAAUUGUGACUGUAAACAUUGUACUGUAAAUGUUUUGUAGUUUUCCCCCAAUAAAAUUUUUGGGAAAAAAA